CAAUCGCGGGCGCUCGCGCAUCUCUUUAGCCUCCUUCCACCAACACCGUGACGUUCACCCACCUCUGCGCUUUGUACUCUACGGUCACAUCUCGCUUUGCACCGGCGUGCCUUAUAAACAGUGAACACCAUCGUACACCUUGUACUACCAAGUGGUCUCUAGCUCAAUAUGUCCAAGUUCGCUCCGCACCGCCGCUUGGCUAACAGCCCUCGUCCGACCUCCUCAACUAUCUGUCAAAGAUGCCUCGGCACAGGACACUUCACGUAUGAAUGCAAGGGCUCUCGUCCGUACAUCUCCCGCCCGUCUCGUACGCAGCAGCUCGAGAACCCUCGCGUACUCGCGAAAUUGAAGGCAGACGGACAGCCGUCGGUGGAGGUUCCUGAAGAGUUCAAGAACAAGAGUGGCACCGCGAACCGCAUCUUGGAGGCGAAAGAGAAGGAGAGGGCUAAGGGGACCGAGGGUGGUAGGAAGAAGAAGCGAAGUCGGUGAGUAGUGCUAUCUCAUUCUCCGCGACCACUGGCAUGUCGUAUUGACUGAUCUCUUGAAGGUCCGCAUCCAGCUCAGGGUCUGACGCGUCCGACAGCGACAGUGAUUCAGACUCGGACACAAGCUCGAGCUCAGGUUCAGACUCA